CAGGAAGUUGACUCUGACAUUUGUAGGAGCAGCAGUAUGAGAAAUGUAAAAAAAAAAAAAAAGUAAUGAAGGAGCAUACAAGAAGCUCAUCAUAGUGCUGAGGGCAGCAGAAGGAGCAGAGCUUAAGGGAGUAGAAGAACAAAGUAUCACGAGAACACUAUUUUGAAAUACUGCGUGUUGAUCUUGUACUUGUUGAGCUUCUUUAAGAUACAAGAGGAAAGAAAGAGAGAGGCAAGACGGAGAGUGAAAGACAUUUCUUUGAGGUGGUUGCUCUUCUGACAUCACAGAAGGCACUUUGAAGUGAAUCAGAAACUUUUUCUAAGGAGGGAAACAGACAGAAAACAAAGGACAAAAGAUAGCAAUAGAGCAGAAGAAGACGUGUUUCACGGCGGGGAGAUCCAUUUUGGAGCCAUGGAACUAAAACUGGUCCUGAUAGCCAUCUUCAUCUCCCCUAUCUGUCUUACAAGAAGUCUUGCAUCAGGAACAGCGUCUCUUUCUGCUAACAAAAGACAGCUCCGCUCUGCUUCAACCAAAGAAAAGCUUACAGUUUACAGGAAUGAGUUUGUUGAACUCGGCACCACAGUCACCUUAAAGUGCAGCAACACAAAGAUCGCAUGGAAUGACAUGAUUUUCGUCAUCUGGAAAAUUCCAAUGCGAGACACAUACUGUAUAAUUGCUGUUGCUAAAAAUGAUUCAGACCAUGACACCUGCCAUGAUGGGAAAAAGCAGAACCACACAGCCGAUGGAACAUACCACCUGAUCAUACCAAAGUUUUCUGUUCAAGAUGAAGGAAAUUACACCUGUGACACGUCGUACCAAGCAGGUGGUUCAGUAGAAAUAAUCAGAGUGUCUGCCUGGGCCCGUCCACACCUAACUGGCUGGCUGGAAAAUGAAGGAGGUCACACUGUGGCUGUGUGUGAAGCUACAGGCAAACCAGCAGCCUCCAUUUACUGGGAAACACCAUGGAACUCAUCCUCCUCUAUUACACAGACUUCUAAGAAUACAGGGCAGCUUUCCACAGUGAUUAGCCGCUUAUGCCUUCCUCAAAACACUUCAUAUAAAAACCUCAUUUGUGUAGCCACUGCUAAUGACGCCAUGCACACCGUGACACGAUUUAGCAACUUCACCUUCACCUUCAUAGAUACACAGAACAAUUUGGCCUUAAUUCUCGGUGUAGUCUUGCCCACCAUCGUCACUGUAUUUCUUUUAUUUGUACUUUACUUGAAGUGCAAAAAUCACAUGCCAUUAAGCAUUUUUAGGAAGAUUUGCUGCAAACUGGACAAGCCUGCAACCAAUGAAGAGAAACCUCAACAGCCCUGUGAUCCUGAAGAAUUGGAGCCCUAUGCCAGUUACGUGCAAAGAGUAAACUCCAUCUACAACUCUUCUGCUGAUCUGUUCAAAGCGUGAAUCACUCUAGACUUACGUGAAUGCACAAAGACAUUUCUGAUAAAAUGCAGAUCUCGGAUGUGCCUACGGAUGUGCGAACCGUCAUGAGGUUUGCACCGGGUAAAUGCAGAUUCAUCGGUGCACACCCACUCUUCUGGACGAAAUUACACACGAGUCCUAAUACUGCUGUUAAUGAGAGAUGAUGAAACCCUUUCAAAAGAACAUUCUCCAACGUGCAGACUCUGAUGAGAGAAAUACAAACCAGAGUGAGUCAAAAUGAAAGAAGGAGUGGAAAACAGAAGGAUUGUCUCAUAAUAUGGAAACUUUAAACUUUCAAUUCACAAUAUAAUUCAUAAUACAGUUUACGUAUUAUAUAUAUUCAUAACUGCAACAAUAGAAGUGGAGUAUCAGUAGAUUUUCUUCAAGUGAGACAUUUGAUGUGUUCUUUUUUGUUGUUAUGUGAGCUGGUGCAAUAUUACAAAAGACACGAAGCCUAACUGGUACUGUUGUUUUAAUCGCGAAAUCUUUUCAACCACAGCCUUUGCAAGUCCCAACCAAAAGCCUGUCUCAGAGGUGCCAGGGGCAGCUGUAGCAUUCUAUAGUUUGCUUGCUAAAGUGGUACAGGAGUUGAAAUGAAAUGACAUGUGAAAGAUGCUCGUUUACUUUUUGAAUUAGUUACUUUCAAUUUCGUGUCAUUAUCUUGCUGAAUUCUGACAUGUGAAUUCAUGAGCUCAGGCUUGUCAGCCAAUAGAAAACAAGUGGGCGGAACCAUGGGCUCUUUUGAGACAUAUUUGAGAAAAGUUGCUUGGUAAACCUCUAAAAAACCCCUAACAACUCGUGCAAUGACGUCCUGAUGGGUUUUUGUAGUAAAAAAAAAAAAUCCUGUUUUGUUUUUUUCUCUCUCUGUCUGUUAUGCUGCAAAAAAGAACAAUACAUAUGUUCAAUAUUGGCAACUAUAGCUAACGUCUAGAAAUGUUUUUAUAUAUAUAUAUAUUUCUAUCUGGUUUCUUGUAAACGUAUAAUAGGAAAUUAUAGAUCAAUUUGACCAUGUUUCAGAUAUUUUCACUUGUGAUUUUUUGCACUGUAGGAUUUUCUUGCUAGCCAUGUUGGCACCUCUGCUUAAGAAUCCAAAGAACUUUGAAGGAAUAGUGAAGGAUUUUCCACUAAUUCAGUUAUGGCCACUGUAAAAAAGCCUGGUACUGUAACAUUGUGGGUUUUUCCCCUUUGUUUUACAUUCAUUUAAUAUACUGUAAAUGCAAUACUUAGUCCAGUUAAUAUUUAAUAUUUGCCAAAUCUUGUACAGUCCUAAUAAUGUAGCGGUGUAAUUAUUAUUUAAAUGUAGCAUAUUAUUCAAGGACAUGUCCUGUACACAGUCAAAAUUUACCACUCUGACUAAUUAUCCGAAUGACCCGUUUUCAUCAAGUUCUAUUAAAAAGGAUUUUUUUCCACUGAUGGUUAAUUAAAGAAUGAAACAUUGUAUUUCUAUCUAUCUAUCUAUCUAUCUAUCUAUCUAUCUAUCUAUCUAUCUAUCUAUCUAUCUAUCUAUCUAUCUAUCUAAUUAUCUAUCUAUCUAUCUAUCUAUCUAUCUAUCUAUCUAUCUAUCUAUCUAUCUAUCUAUC